GGUGGGAGGUGGGCCGAGGACGGGGAAAAACGAAGCGCUCCCGGGCUGCGGGGAAAGGUAGCGGGGCCAGGCGGGCGAGCGGGCCAUGGAGGCGCUGGCGAUGCUGGCGGUGGGCGCGGCGCUCCUGCUGGGGCUCUGCGCGCUGCUCUACUACCACUUCGCGGCGGCCACGCGGUGCCGGAACGCGGUCAGCCUGCGGGGCAAGACGGUUCUCAUCACAGGUGCAAAUACAGGGAUCGGGAAGGCCACAGCGAUGGAUCUGGCCCGGAGAGGCGCCCGUGUCAUUCUGGCAUGCCGCAACAAAGCAAGAGGAGAAACGGCUGUGCGUGACAUCAGACAGGAAAGUGGGAACUCGGAGGUGAUCCUGAUGAUCCUGGAUCUGGCCAACCUCAACUCCGUGCAAGCUUUUGCACAGAUCUUCCUAAAAUCGGAGCCCCGUCUGGACAUCCUCAUCAACAAUGCCGGGGUCUGUAAGGACGGUCAAACCACUGAUGGCUUUGACCUGGGUUUCCAGGUCAACCACCUGGCUCACUUCCUGCUGACCCACCUGCUCCUGGACCGGCUAAAGCGCUGCGCCCCGAGCCGGGUUGUAAUCGUAUCCUCAAGUGGGCACUUCUUUGGGAAGAUCGACUUCCGGACCAUCCACAAACCGGUGGAGGGGAUGAAGAAGGGUGGACUAUCAUACUGCAACAGCAAACUAGCCAACAUUCUCCACACGCGAAAGUUGGUCAACCGGCUGGAAGGAACCAACGUCACCUGCUACGCGGUUCAUCCAGGGAUAGUUAGAACCAAAAUUUUUCGCUACUUUCCACGGUGGGUAUUUUGGUUCCUUUGGCUGAUACAGUUGCUCCUCCGAGACUGCGACGCUGGUGCCCAGACCACCAUCUACUGUGCGACCGAGGAGGGCAUCGAGAGGCUGAGCGGGCGGUAUUUCGUGGACUGCCGGCCAAAAGUGCCCUGGCCACAGGCCCGUGAUGACCACAUGGCCAGGAAGCUCUGGGAAUUCAGCGAGAGUCUGCUGGGACUGACCCCUUAAGUCGGGAAGGGACAGAGACGGAGUUUGGGGUAACCAAAGGCGGGCAUUUGAUUAGACCGGGGGAUUGAACUGCAGGGAAUCUCAACACUACCCAGGGUCGGAUUUCUGAGAAUUUAAAAAACUGGAAAGAAUUAUGGAGUUUGUUUUGGUGGGUUGCCCAGGGUUGCCCGUAAGAAUCUUUUAAAUAAAGAAACAAACUCCAUCAA